ACCUGUUGCCAUGGUAACCCAUCUUAGUUAAGUUGUGACAAUAUGGCCGCUUCACAGUUAGUCAGAAGCGUUUCCUUAAAGUCCUGGGAAAAGAGAGGGUCGGAGGAGGAACGAGGAUACAGAAUGACGAUGUUUGAUGUGUUUCACGGGACGAUGAGAGAGAAGAUCGUGCUACAGCGGCUCAUAGUGAUUGCCCGGCUCCCCCACGGUCUUGCUGACAGUACAGAACUGGGAGCCCAUUAUGAAAAACUCAACUUUCAGUUAAGCAAACAGUACAUAUGGGAUUAUAUUACGGGUCUGCUGUUGAUUUAUCCAUCCUGUCUGCUGCAUAUCAUCGAAUCAUCCAGGGAUGUUCUGCUUUCUGUCCUCAAAGACCUCAAAGACAUGCAACGACAGACAGACUGUAUCCUGCUGGAAGCUCCACAGGUCGUGUUCAUGGCACAUGACCCUCAAAGCAACAGACAGUUCCAACAGUGGAGCUACAAGGUUGUGGAUGCAGAUCAGGUGGCUGAGGACCGUGGGGCUAAAGGAGUUGAGGAAGAGGAGGAGAGCACAGAGACUCUGGUUUGCAGUGUCCUGUCAGCACUGCAGAAUCUGGCCGAGCACCUUGAAAUUUCAAAGAAGGCUCUCCCUGGAUUAGUGCUGGAUGAAACUCCAGAGCUGGUCGUCUCUCAGGAGGUUAUAGAAAAGUUACUGGCUCGAGAUGAGCUCCUGAGUCCACAGCUGUACCUACAGAUGUACAACUCCCCUUUAAACAUCAGCAUGGACUUUGGACAAGUUAUUCGAAGCAGCUGCCUCACCACUGUUUAACUUACUGGACAAAAGGUCAAAGAACGACAUGUGUCCAGGACCACUGCGCGUUGAGAGGGUUUAAAGUUGAUGUUAAGCCGUUUACAGUCGUUCUCACUCAGCUCAGUCACUUGUCAUCAUCACAGAUCUGCAUGCAUUUCAGUGCUGUCAGAGUGAACGGCUUACUUUUGAUUUACCAUGCAAUUCAAACUGUAAUCAAAUGUUUUAUGCCUCUGCAGAAUGUGUUUGUCCUUCACUAAAGCACCUUGGAUGUGACUGAGGGCUUCAGAGAGAAAUCACUGGGAUCCAGACAGAUUUAUACCAACAUUUAACUUACUGCAGCACAAAAAUACCUCUCUCAGUUCAAAAUGAUUUAAUGUAUAAAACCACUUUGAGUGAAAAAAUAUUGAGCACAAUCAUUCAUAACAAAAAACACUGAAAAUCCAAGUAAUAUAAAAACAUUUUUUAAUAGUUUCAACAUUCGGAUGAGGAUUUGUCUUUUUUUUUUUCACUUUUAUCUUACACUGUGUUCCACUUGGUGACCGGGAGAUAGCAUGUCCAAGAAAAGGCAUUUCCUUUUCACUCCAAACUUUUAAGAGUCCACAGCAUCACUACAGUUUGACACAAAGAACUUUUAAGUCUAAAAAGAUUCCUUGAUCACUUAUGUGUUCCCUUUUUACUUUGGCCCCCAUUACUUGGAACUUAAACAAAAACCAAAAAAAGAAAAAAGAAAAGAUGAUUGGAAAUGUACUUGCAAUGGCUGCAUGCACCACAGUGUAAUCUACAAACUGUGCAGGUAAAAACAAACUUAUUAUUCUUUGCUUGUUUUAUGAUUUCAGUGUGAAUUUAUACAAAUUUUUCAGCAGAUUUAAGUCCUCUGAGAGUGCAGUGUUCUGGGCAGAGUCUUCUAUCACGUCAUGAAGACUUAUUUUCUGAUAUUGGUCACUGUUCUGAGUCUGAUGUGCUUUUUCUUUUUGCUUGCUAUAAAUAAAACGGGUGAAACAUACUGUAUUAAUGUAACACAGAGGAUACAAGGUGAAGACAAACAGUAAAUCAUGAAUGAUUCAAACAUGUCGAUGGCAGAAUUGAUGGGGAGUUUUGACUAAAAAAGGUCGAGGGGAGCACUGAGUUAAUCUUCUCUUGCAAAGGUCAAUCUAUUCACUUAUAAAAAAUAAAUACAAGCACAUUUAGAUAGGACCAAAGAUGAGACAUAUUUCAUAGGCAUGGUUAAAAAGCAUGCUGCCGAUUUUCACACAGGACAAUGUCGAAUCAAACACCCUCCUCCCCCUAAAAUUAGGACUUACAAACUUUUAAAAAAUCAAAUACCCCUCCACCCUCUUUUACUACUGUUCACAACACAAACAAUUCGCCUGUAUCACAACCUAUGAGGUGAACGUUGUCUAUCACUGGUACAUUCCACCUGUUAAUUUCCCAAAAAAAGGCCUAAGUGCUCAAAGGGCAUGCUUGCAAAAAUCUGUAACACUGGAAACUGUCUCUCCUGACUGUCUCUGAUCAACAGUGUUGCUGUUAAUAAAGUUGUUUUUGAUUAAUA